UACGCUACAAGAGCCUCUAGCCAUCACUUUUCCCUACAAAGUUCAGCGUCUUCCAGUAGGCCACCGGCAACCAAUCAGAUAGAUUCAGCUCCAAAAGUUAUUUAUAACAGUGAAGCAACGGUUGGAGAUGAGGGUGAUGACGGAGAGUAUGACGAUGACGAAGAGGAGGGUGGUGGUACAACGGAAGAUGGCAGCAUUGAUACUGAAGAAGAGGUUGUUGGUGCUAAAAAUCAAGUUGAAAACUCUGUUAAUCACACCACUAAGGCUGGAAAAAUUUAUGCUCCUCGGCCUAUUAGUAGAAGAGGCCGCCAAAGACGACACACUUUGGGCCCCACGGAUGGAGAUGUGGCCCUCUGGUCUUAG